UGUGAAGUGAACUCGAAAAGGUGUGUGUGUAUGGGGAUAGUUAAUCUUGUAAUUACGGAAUUAUGAAGGAUUCACGCAGGAUGGUUUCUGAUGAUAUAUCGGCCAAUGGUAUUGCCAAUGGGACCACUGAUGUAGCAUUUAGAAAAAUUAACAAGAACUCCGCAGCUUUUUUGAUAUGGAAGAUAGAGAACAUGAACGUCGUAGCCCUGCCAAGGGACCAAUACGGCACCUUCUACGACACUGAAUCCUACGUCGUCUACGCCGCAUCCCAAUACGGCCAGCAGUGUGGGAUUGACACUGUUACUCGAGAAGUGAAAGGUGGUUGUAUGGAGUACCACAUCCAUUUUUGGCUGGGGUCUCGCACAAAUCCAGACAAAUCUGGAGUGGCAGCAUACAAAACCGUCGAACUGGAUAACUUCCUGAACUGUUGUACAACUCAACAUCGCGAGACCGAGGGAAAUGAAAGUCCUAGAUUUUUAAGUUUCUUCAAGAAUGGCCUCAGAAUAUUGAAACCUGAGCUUAUUCAGAACAAUCAAAAUUUUCAAGCGAGGCUCUACAGAGUGAAGGGAAAGAGGAUACCGGUAUUGACAGAAAUGCCAAAACUGUCGUGGGACUUUUUCAACAGUUCCGAUGUCUUCAUAAUCCACACACCAAAAAACAUCUUCGUUUGGAUUGGUAGAGCAGCCAAUGCCAUCAAAAAAUUACACGCAACCAAAAUUUCAACAGACUUGAAAGACGAAUAUAAAGUCAACAACAUCAUAUUCCUAGACGAUGGUUAUGAAAAAACUUUAUCUGAUGAUAUGAGGAAAGAGUUCAGCAAAUAUUUGCCACUAGAGAAGAGAAUGAUCCUCCCAGAGAAUCAGGAUGGGGAUGAAAAUGGAAACUACCAAAGAUCUUCUAUAAAAUUGUAUAAAUGUUCAGAAAAUAACGGAAAAUACAGAGUGGCAGAAGUCGGUGUCGGCCCUUUUCAUCCCUCAGAUUUAAAUCCUGAU